AUGGAGCCAGUCGGACUCGCAGUUGGCCUUGUCGGCCUCUUCAGCACUUGCAUGGAUGUUAUGCAGCGGAUUGACUCAUACAGAACCGCUGACCGCGACUCGCGACAGCUCGACGCCCAGCUCAAUGCGACCAUGCAUCUCUUCGAGCGAUGGGGUGACGGUGUCGGCAUCAGUAAGGGCAAGCUCUCGGACACACAUCACCCGGAUCUUGAUAACCCGCGCACGUAUGCUGUGGUCCAGGGUCUGCUGAACAGCAUCAAGGAUUUCUCCACGAAUUUGAAUGAACCCUCGGGCCCCAAGGGCCUUCAGAAAACUCCGUCGUUUCCAAUGUCGGGAGAUGUGUCAUCGAAUGGCUCUAAGAUCUCCAGGUGGCAAAAGACGGCAUGGGCACUACGCGGAAAGCUGAAGCAGACAAGCCAUGUCCAAGCACUUGCAGGGCUUGUAUCAGAUCUCUUUAACGUUAUUUCCCUCGAUACGACGCGCGCGAACGCCUUGACACGAACUCCGAGCUUCAAGGAUCUAUCGUUAAACUCGGGCGAGCAACCAUAUGCUGUCGAGAUUCGGGAGCUGCUACAGAAGAUAGAGGAGGAGAUGGAGGCUGAUAGAAUACGUGAUUUACACGUGUGGCUAGCAGCUCCGCCGCUAAAUGAUGUGUUUAACGACUCAAACGACAAGCGUGUUGAAAAAACAUGCGAAUGGAUUCUCCAUCGCGAUGAGUUCCUAGAGUGGCAGAAGCCUUCUUCCUCGUCCAAAUUACUCUGGAUCAAAGGCCCAGCUGGGUUUGGGAAAACAGUCCUUUGCGCCAGAAUUGUUCAAGAGCUCGAAAGAACAGCACAAGAGCCCAUUGCGUACUUCUUCUUAUCGUCAAGAUAUGCUGGCCGGGACGAUCCUUUCUCAGCCAUCCGAGCAUGGCUGACUAUAUUGAUCCAACGCAGCUCACUGGCCCGAGACAUCGUGGCCACGGUCCGGCUAUCGCAGCAUGAGCCAAUGGCGAGCCAGGCAACCAUACUGCGAGCUUUCCGCGAAGUUAUCGUGGGCGCUCCAGGCUGCGUUCUUGUUCUGGAUGGGUUAGAUGAAUGCACUGGGAUGGCCAAUACAGACAGAAAGUCCGUUCCUCAUUUUCUUCAGGAGUUGCGAAUAGCUAUUACGAAUACUACAGCCAAAAUCCUCAUGUCAAGUCGUGGCGACCCCCUCAUUCAGCAAGGCCUUUCAGAUUUCACCGGAUGCACUGAAUAUACCAUCAUUCCAGAGGAUGUUGGGCCAGAUCUAAUGGCAUACUCGUCUCAAAUGGUCAGAGCAAAGUUGCCAAAUACAGAUGAAGCAACGAGAGCCUCUAUUGCUCAAAAGAUGAAAAACAGAAGCGAGGGUCAGUUCCAGUGGGUCAAGCUGCAAGAAGGGUCUCUGAGAAAGGGACGGAGCAGAAAGCAACUUGAACGGGAGAUUGAUGAGACUCCAUCUGGUCUUGAUAGUCUCUACGACCGGGAAUGGAAUAGGAUCAACUCAAUGGGGGACUCGGAUAAAGAUCGAGCACUUUCACUGCUACGAUGGACCGCGUUCCCGGCCAGACCGUUGACAGUGUACGAGAUUACUGAAGCCGUCCUCAUAACAGAUGACAUGGACGAGUUCCCUUUCGAUGAGAUGCCAGAUUGUGUCGACCAGGACUAUGUCGACAGUAUGAUCCUAGAGCUUUGUGGAUCACUGAUUGAAGUCCGGCACGUUUCUUCAUCCGGGAAUGUCGAGCAUCCCAAACGUAUUCCAGAAUCCGAAGAUGAAUCUGUUGGUUAUCAAGAGGUUCACUUGUCGCACUUCUCUGUCAAAGAAUACCUCCUCCUCAAGACCUUUCCCGGCACUAGUACUUUGUUCUCAAAUGAGAAACUCCGCACCGCCAAUAGAAACUUUCACAAUAUUACUCUAGCAAAAUAUUGUCUUUAUUUCAUAAACCUCCCUGGGGCUUUUGAAAGAAUAAAGAUAAAUAACAAAAAGAAAUUAGCAAAGCACUUCAUAUUUUAUGCUGUGGAUGAAGUUUUGCCGCAUUGCCGAGACGCUAAGGCUGUUGACCUGGAGUUACAACAGGCAAUCAUUGCUUUCCUCGAUAGCCGCAACGAGAACUGGCCCAUUGUGAAAGAGUUCAUGGAGACCGAGCUGCUAGGUGAUGACCCUGAUUUUCAAGACAGUUCAAUAAGCCCAUUUGUACUUGCAGUCGGCAGUGGACUCACACACGCUGUGGCGCACCUCAUACGAGAAGGAAGCUUCGAUAUGGAGGAUCGAUCGUUUGCCAAUCGCACCCCGUUGUUCUGGGCUUGCUUUGUCGGAAGUAAGGAUAUCGUUGAAUUACUGGUUGACAAUGGUGCAGACAUCAAUGCCAGAUGCCUAGAUGGCCAAGUACCACUGCACAUCAGUGUGGAGAAUGGGAGCAACGAAAUUACAGAACUUCUUAUUUCGAGAGGCGCCCAUGUUUCAGUGGUUGACGAUGAGAGACAAACACCCCUUAACCUAGCUUCAAUGAGUGGCAAUACAGAAGUGGCUCAGCAGCUUAUUGAUAGUGGAGCUGAUAUAUCACACGAAACAGCAGAUGGCUUCACACCACUCUCGAUGGCUUCUAGCAGAGGACAUGUUGAAUUAGCCAAGCUUCUUAUCCACAGGGGUGCGGAUGUCAAUCAAGUUUUGGCCAAUGAUUGCCGCCCGCUUCUUCUCGCUGUGUGGAACAACCAGUCAGAACUUGCCGGGUUACUGAUAGACGAAGGUGCGGAACUCGAUGGGAUUCAACUCGACGGCCGGAUGUUCUCAUUACUUUCUGUGGCGGCUGGUAAUGGACAUCUCAAUACAGUGAAAGCUCUGAUCAGCAAGGGAUGUAGUCCGACGGAAGCCCAGCCAUUGCUUCUGGCUGCCUCCUAUGGUGGUUAUCGUGAAUUCUCAAGCGAUUUCGACGCAAAAGAAGCUACUGAAUCGCCUGAUUUCCCUCGCUCAACUUAUCGCCAGAUACUGGAACUAUUACUCCAAAGCGGCGCUGAUGUGAACGCCUGCGACGAAGAUGGAGACUCGCCACUCCAUAUGGCUUCAUUAAUCGGUUCUACAGACAUGGUGGAGAAUCUCAUUAAGAAUGGUGCUGACGUGGAUAUCAAAUCAGCUUCUGGAGUGAUGCCACUUCAUUAUUCCUCCACGAUGGGGCAUUUGCGAGUAACACAGCUUCUUAUACAACACGGAGCUGAUGUCGCCUCUAAAGACAAUAUUGGUCGUAUUACUUUACAUCAUGCCUGUAUAUCAAGACAUCUUGGGGUUGCCAAACUAAUUAUAGCGUCAUCCCAGCCGCAAAAGCUUGACGAGGCUGACCACUGGGGCUCGACGCUCUUGUCCGUUGCAGCGAGAUAUGGUGGUAUUGGCAUCAUUAGGGCACUUAUUAAUACAGGAGCUGUAAACGUGAAAUCCAGCGAUAAGUUCGGCAGGACGGCGGCGUGGUGGGCAAGCCGCAACUACGAUGCAGUUGCGAAACUACUGUCCGGAACAGAUGGGCAUCGAGACCUGGGAACUGACGCACAUGACGGGGAGGCUGUCCAGGACCAGGGGCUAGAGACGGGAUUCUACUGUGACAUAUGCUGGUUAAAUAUUUCUGGACAGACUCAUUUAGGCUGUUCAGUUUGUAAUGGUGGGAACUUUGAUGUGUGUGCAGCUUGUCUGAGCCUUGGCGGGCACUGCAUGGAUGAGACACAUCAGUUGGUUCAAAAAGAAUUUGAACCAGAAAGCUAA